AUGGCGACUUCCGAGCAGAUUCCGGGGCAGGAAUACGAGUACGUCCACAAAGCCUUCGCAGCCAGCAGAUUCCCCCCGGGUGCGGUGCGCAACGGACUCAUGACCCUCUGUGUAGGGGAUUGGGGUCUCCGCGGCGACUCCAUUGGGUCGCAGGCGGAUCUGGGUUACGAAGCCCUCCCGUCCAACUAUGGCCUCGGCCACAAUAUGCUUGCCGGUGCUUUUGCAGGGAUAGCGGAGCACUCGGUGAUGUACCCGGUCGACUUGCUCAAGACUCGCAUGCAAAUCCUGAACCCCUCCACUGGCGGCCUCUACACCGGCUUGACCAACGCGGUAUCCACGAUCUAUCGGAUUGAGGGCUGGCGCACACUAUGGAAGGGCGUGUCGAGUGUGAUUGUUGGCGCCGGUCCGGCGCACGCGGUGUACUUCGGCACAUAUGAGCUGGUGAAGGAUAUGGCUGGCGGCAAUGUGGACGACGGGCACCACCCCUUGGCAGCUGCUUUGAGUGGAGCUUCUGCGACAAUCGCCAGCGAUGCGCUGAUGAACCCCUUCGAUGUGAUCAAGCAACGCAUGCAGGUCCACGGAUCCGUCCACAAGAGCUUGAUGCAAUGCGCCAAAACCGUGUACCGCACCGAGGGCCUCCAGGCCUUCUACCUCUCCUACCCUACCACCCUCUGCAUGACCGUGCCCUUUACCGCCACCCAGUUCGUCGCGUAUGAGUCGAUCUCGAAGGUGAUGAACCCGAAGGGCGAGUACGAUCCCUUCACCCACUGUAUGGCUGGUGGUCUCGCGGGUGCCUUCGCCGCCGGUCUCACCACCCCUCUUGAUGUCGUGAAAACGCUCCUUCAGACUCGCGGUCUUGCAGAGAGCGAAGAGAUUCGCUCCGCUCGAGGCCUGUUCAACGCUGCGGCUAUCAUCAAGCGCCGGUUCGGCUGGGCGGGUUUCCUGCGCGGCAUGCGACCGCGUAUCAUCUCAACCAUGCCCAGCACAGCCAUUUGCUGGACGUCCUAUGAGAUGGCCAAGGCAUACUUCAAGAGCCUCACCGAAUAA